UGCUCAUAUCAGGCGAUGGACCCGUUCGUGAAAGAAACAGUUGUUCAGUUGCAAAAUCAGUUGAAGAUGUCUGGAAGAGGUAAAGGAGGCAAAGGACUCGGUAAGGGUGGCGCAAAGCGUCAUCGUAAAGUAUUGCGUGAUAAUAUCCAAGGCAUUACCAAGCCCGCAAUCCGUCGUCUAGCACGACGUGGUGGUGUGAAGCGAAUUUCUGGUUUGAUCUACGAAGAGACUCGCGGCGUGCUUAAAGUAUUUCUGGAGAAUGUUAUCCGGGAUGCUGUCACUUACACAGAGCAUGCCAAAAGAAAGACCGUAACUGCCAUGGAUGUGGUGUACGCAUUGAAGAGACAGGGGCGCACUCUGUAUGGUUUCGGAGGUUAAGCGACAAUCGAGGCGUUAAAACCAAA